GACAUGGCGCGAAAUUAAGACAGGAACUUUAGUGAACAAAUUUGCAGGUCAUAUAGAAAGUAGUGGUUAUUUUAUUCAAUUUUAUGUACUAAAAACACAGAAUUAUUCAAACAAUGAGUCAACGGAGGAACAAUAGAAGUCACUAUUCUCACGGAGAUCGGUAUUUCCCCACUGGAAGGGACAGUACAACACGUGAACGAUAUGCAAGAAACGGUCCCUUAAGUCCCCUUAGAAGUCCAAUAAAUAAAGAUAAACAAGUUUCUAAUAGGAAUAACAGAACAGAUAAUAACAGGAGUUCAAAGAGUCAGUUAGAUUUCUGUAUCAAGACUAGUGACUUUCCUCCAUUAGAACAGAUUCAAAUGACUCCAGAAAUUGGUCCUAUCAAGCAUAACAGCACGAAUUUGGAUUGGGCUGCGCAAGUUGAUACAUUUGAGCAAUUGGCUGCCGAGGAAAAUGAUAAUCUGAAAACAUAUCGUCGUAAAUUGGAAAUGGGUACUGCAAGAAAACCUAAAUUAGUUAUGGACAUGGAGGAAGACUCUGCUACUCUUAUGAGGAGACAAAAAUCUAUUGAUUAUGGUAAAAAUACUCCAGGUUAUGCAUCCUAUCUCAGACAAGUGAAAAGAUAUCAAAGAAGGAAAGGCCACCCUUGUACACCUAAUAAAUAUGUGAAAACUAGUAGACGGUCAUGGGACAUGCAAGUGAAACUAUGGAGACGUUCUCUUCAUCAGUUUGAUGCACCUACUAGCACAAAUAAAAGCAGUGCAGAUGUCUCCAUGACAGACAGUUCAUCAGAAUAUUUCAGUGCCUUAGAGAAGACUUUUGAUUCAGAUAUUUCAGACAAUGGCAGUGAACUGUUGGAUUACAGAAAUAGUCAAAACAAUGAGAAUUUUUCUCACCACUUUCCUGAACCAGAAGUCCGUCAGCCCAAUCACAGCUCUCCUAAGAAUUCUUUGAGUUUGAUUGAUGAUAAUGAAAUUGAUUCAUUGAUAUUAUAGUUUCCCUGAUCAGUGCUUUUAUCAUCUACUUAAAAAGCCAACAUUUUUGUGUUUAUACAUGUAUUAGUGACAGUCAAUUGUGAGAGAAAUGAGGUCAAGUUUUAUGUCGUAAAAACUCAUCACAAGGUACACAAUUUCAAAAGGGAGGGGGGAAAUGGGGUGGGGGGAUGUUGGUAAAGAGUGCUAAUUACUUCAGAUCAUAUUUGCAUUGGUUUAAUUUGUACCCAUAACCCUUUAUCACCUGAAACUAGUGAAACCACCCCCAAACAUCCAGAAACUACUGCUCCCUUAAGCAUUUCAAAUCAUCCAAAUAUGGCUGAACUAUCGAUGACCAUCUAUACAAGACAGUCUUGGUUGAAGAAGUAUCAAAAAUGAGCUACAUUGCUUUCCUCAGUUUCUUUUCUUUGCAAACUGUGGUAGUCAAUAUGUAUCAGGUGAUAAAGGGUUUAUGUCCAUAUUUUUUUCAUUAUUUUUUUGCUUGUAUUGAAACAAUUUCAUAAAAUUUAUCAUCAAAAAUCAACUGUUAGAAUAAAUCAUCUGGCAGUUUAAUAUGUAAUUUAAUAAAUAAUUAUAAUAAUAUAUUCAUGUAUAACAAAAGUAUUAUUUUGUAUAAGGUUAAAAUUUUACCUCUUUAUGUCAUGUGUAUUGUUAUUGUUUUCUUUGGUCAUUAAUACCUGCGCUCACAAAAGUAUUCAGAUAUUUGCAUUCAAAUUGUUUUUCAUGGCUAUGUCGAAAGUUAUCUUUAUGUCAUUGUAACAAUAAAACGACGUUAUUUUGGUAAUCAACUACAUGUAUUUUAAGAAUUAGUUUUACGAAUGUUGUAUUUAAAAAAAAUGUAGAGGUUUGUAAGUAUGGUUUAAUGGUCGUGAGCGAGACAUUAAGCAAUAUAUUGAUACUGCACGAGAUGCAAGCCGAGUGUUGUUUCAAUAUAUUACGCAAUGACUUUAGCUUGAGACCAUUAAACAACUUAAAAUACAGACACUAUCCUGCACUUGCUUUUCAAUAAAAUACGUCACGCAAGUCCAAUAUUUCAUCUAGUAUAGAUAAUGUACGAUUGGCAAGUUGCUCGUACAUUAUUUGAAAUAAUGGUAUGCCAACAUCAUCCGUACAUUAUUUGAAAUAAUGGUAUGCCAACAUCAAAGGAUGACGUCACAUCUGUAUUUUAAGAUUAAAUAAGCCUCUAGAUUGCCAGAAUAUAUUGUUUUACUCCAUGCAAUUUAAUAACAAUAUUGCCACUAGAAAGUAUUUGAAUCAGAAAAUUGCAAGUGGAGAUUUGGAACCUAGUUAUGCAUAUUUUGUGUGACAAUCGAAAAAUGUAACAAAUCUAAGGUUCUACAUCGUUGUUUGGCCAGAAGCCUUUAAUUGAAUAUUUGCAUAUAAAGUUGUGUAUACUUGAUAAAUUGUAAAAUAAUAACAAGUAUUUGUACAUGUAUUUUAUUCAUUCUGUAAAUAAACCAUUCAUUCUACAAA